AUGGGGAAGAAAUUAGACAAUGAAGAGAGUAACUGCUCUCUGUACAAGUGUUCAUCCCGGGUUCCGUUCAGUGGCUCCUCUCCUGAGCCCCACGUCUGGCAAUGUACAACCGUCUGCCCGACGACCCUGAAGACAAGUUUCUGCCCACUAGAGUCUCCGUUUAAAGUAAGAGUAAACCAUGUACCCAGGAGAGAUGUGGACAAAAAGAGAAGGAAAGAGGGUCAGCAUCCGUGGAAGCCGCCUUCCUUCCCAGGUUUAUUCCACCCGCUUAGCAGCGCCGCCGAUGUCUCCUAUUUGACUCUACCUGUGGGCGACACAGGCGCCCUCCAGCCCUCUCCGCUCAGCGCUCAUCCAAACAGGACUCCUGUUCUCCUAAAGUGUCGGUCAGUCCUUCCAGCACCUGUUAUUCUGGAUUCCUCCAGAGGACAACAGAUUCCUGCUGGCCAUGUUUUGGAUGGAGUUGGCUCCCUACCAACCAGCUCUGAGACCUCAGUGAAGCUGGAGAGCCUUCUCCUGAGGGUCGGACAGUUUGUGAAGUGUGAGAAGCUGACUGUUCCCAGCCAGCCCCCUCGGAUGACAAGCCCAGCUGCAGACUGUCGCUCUCCAGGCCCCGUCUGGAGCCUGGCAUGCUUUGAAGGCAAGUGUGGGAAUGGAUUCUUAUUGGUUUAA